AUGGCUGUCGGAAAGAACAAGCGCUUGUCGAAGGGCAAGAAAGGCGUCAAGAAGCGGACCGUGGACCCCUUCUCUCGUAAGGAUGAAUACUCUGUCAAGGCCCCUUCCACCUUCCAGAUCCGAGAUGUGGGAAAGACUAUUGUGAACAGGACCACUGGUCUGAAGAAUGCCAAUGAUUCCUUGAAAGGCCGUAUCUUCGAGGUCUCGCUCGCCGAUCUCCAGAACGAUGAGGACCAUGCAUUCCGAAAGGUCAAACUUCGUGUCGACGAAGUCCAGGGCAAGAACUGUCUGACCAACUUCCACGGACUGGACUUCACAUCCGACAAGUUGCGCUCUUUGGUUCGCAAGUGGCAGUCUUUGAUUGAGGCGAACGUUACUGUCAAGACCACUGAUGACUAUCUUAUUCGUCUGUUCGCCAUUGCUUUCACCAAGAGACGCCCAAAUCAGAUCAAGAAGACCACAUACGCUCGAUCUUCUCAAAUCCGGGCCAUUCGCAAGAAGAUGACUGAGAUUAUUCAGCGCGAGGCUGCGAGUUGCACCUUGUCUCAACUCACCACUAAGCUCAUUCCUGAGGUGAUUGGCCGUGAAAUUGAGAAGUCCACCCAGGGCAUUUAUCCUCUGCAGAAUGUCCACAUCCGUAAGGUGAAGCUUUUGAAGGCACCCAAGUUCGACCUCGGUGCUCUACUCAACUUGCACGGUGAAUCAACAACCGACGACAAGGGCCAAAAGGUCGAGAGGGAAUUCAAGGAGAAGGUUCUGGAGAGUGUUUAA